CAUCCCCCGCGCCUCGCCUCCCCGACAGGGGCGGGGCUGAGGGAGAGAGUGCCACGUCCCUAGUGCGGCGCUUUGUGAGGAGCAGCGCCGCCUCCUCCGCCGGCCGGAGCCAUGGGCGCCUCGCAGAGCGUGGACAUCCCCGGCGGAGGCACCGAGGGCUACCACGUCCUGCGGGUACAAGAAAAUUCACCAGGACAUAGGGCUGGACUGGAGCCUUUCUUUGAUUUUAUUGUUUCUAUUAACGGUUCGAGAUUGAAUAAAGACAAUGACACACUCAAGGAUCUGUUGAAAGCAAAUGUUGAAAAGCCUGUAAAAAUGCAAGUGUACAGUAGCAAAACGCUGGAACUGAGAGAAACAUCAGUAACUCCCAGUAAUAUGUGGGGUGGACAGGGCCUGCUGGGAGUGAGUAUUCGUUUCUGCAGUUUCGAUGGAGCCAACGAAAAUGUCUGGCAUGUAUUGGAAGUCGAAUCAAAUUCUCCGGCUGCACUAGCAGGUCUUAGACCACAUAGUGACUAUGUCAUUGGAGCAGAUACUGUCAUGAAUGAGUCUGAAGAUCUGUUCUCUCUUAUUGAGACACACGAAGGAAAACCAUUAAAACUUUAUGUGUACAACACAGACACGGAUAAUUGUCGAGAGGUGAUUAUUACCCCCAAUUCUGCAUGGGGUGGAGAAGGCAGCCUAGGAUGUGGUAUUGGCUAUGGGUAUUUACAUCGGAUACCUACACGUCCAUUUGAAGAGGGAAAGAAAAUUUCUCUCCCUGGGCAAUUGCAUAGUGCACCCAUCAGUCCACUCAAAGAUGGAUUUACAGAGGUUCAACUGUCUUCAGUUAAUCCCCCAUCCACAUUACCGCCUGGAACAACAGGAAUUGAACAGGGUCUGUCAGGACUGUCCAUUAGUUCAACCCCUACGACAGUCAGUAGUGUUCUCAGUACAGGUGUCCCAACAGUACCAUUAUUGCCACAACAAAUAAAUCAGUCCCUCAGUUCAGUGCCACCAGUUAACCCAGCAACUACAUUACCAGGUGAGUAGUGAAAAUUUGAGCAAGCUCAAACGUUUUAGAAACAAAAUAAUUCAAGAUAGUAUAGAAUGAUGGGGAGAAAGAGGUGGUUUGUAUUUUUUGGCCCCAUUCUUAAGAAAAUUGUUUAUCCAUUUUAUGUCAGUUUCUGUCAUUUUGUCUAACUGGAAUAUAGGAGUAAUUUGUCCCUUUCAUUGUCAUAAUGUGUUCUAACAGCAUUAAGGUGUAAUGCUGUUCUAAGGAUAGUUAAGUACUGGAAUAGGGUACCCAGGGAGGUUGUGGAAUUUCUGUCAUUGGAGGUUUUAAGGACAAGUUAGACAAACACCUGUCAGGGAUGAUCUAGGUUUACUUGGUCGUCCCUCAGCAUGAGUGGAUGGAUGAAAUGAUGUCUUGAUGUCCCUUCCAGCCCUACAUUUCUAUAUCUAGAUAAACCAUACUUGCUGUUCACUUAGAUUUUUACUUCUGCGCUUAUAAUUGUGCUAGACCCAUAAUGGAGGGAGGGGGGGAUUGUAUGGCCUUUGCCUUGAACAUCAUACAAUCAAAUUUUAGACAUGAUGUGACCAAUGAGGCUGACAUCCAGUAGGGAAGAGAGGGGAUGAGGGAGGACAAGGUACAUGUGCUCAAUUUGAUGUUUCAAUUAAGUUUUUUAAAUGUUGACUCUCUAGAACUGUGUGUAAAAGGGCUGCCUUGGUCCUGCCUUUGUCUCAGUCCACAAAUUAUGCAGAGACCUUUUUGCUGGUUCAAUACCCUGUGCAGUUUAUAGACAGUUGCAUCCCACCACCCUCACAGCAUACAUAAGACCUUUCCCAACCAGAGAAGCGCAAUCUCUCUCUCCCUCUUACUGCCUGCUUCCCCCCCUGUGCUCUUCCUUCCUGUGCCUAGUUGUGGGCUCUUGCCUAAUAGCUUAAUUGGCCUUUCUGCCCUGCCAGGCCCACAAAUUAGGCUUUGCCUAAUUGGGGCUGCUGUGAAGAGUGCUGACUCAGGCCUUUGUACCUAGCACUCUGUGUCACUGUGGAACAGUGUUUUGAGGCGUAAUCUAAAUAAAGAGGGAGUAGUGGGUUGGCAAACUGGGACUGGACUCUCAAAUACCUGAAAAUCCCCCAAUUUGGUAGUAUCUGCAUUUUCAGAGAACAAUUGUAUUUACAAUAAAUGUUGAUGAAAUCCUAGCCUUGUUGAAACAAAUGAGUUUUGCCAUUGAGUUCAGUGGGGUCAGGAGUUCAUCCUAUUUUUUUUUUUUAACUGCAGUUUGACAUUAGGAGUAAAAGUAAAAUGUAACCAACCCAUCACUAAAUUUCUGUGGUCUGAAAUGUACUUAAUGCAUAUUAAGUUACAGUGGAACUGAGAUCUUAAGGCCUAUACAAGCACAUGAAUAUGAAAUUGGUUAGGGAUGAAACAUACAGAAUCACAGAAAUGUAGGACUGGAAGGGACCUCGAGAGGUCGCCUAGUCCAUCCCUCUGCACUGACGCAGGACCAAGUAUACUAAAACCAUCCCUGAUAGUGUUUUGUCUAACCUGUUCUUAAAAAUCUCCAGUGAUGGGGAUUCCACAACCUUCCUCAGUAACCUGUUCCAGUGUUUAAACCUUAAACUAUCCGUACAGUUAGAAAAAACUUUCUAACAUCUACCGUAAACCUACCUGUGGCAGAUUAAGCCCUUUCUACUCGUACUGUUUUCAGUGGACAUACAGAACAAUUGAUCAUUAUCUUUAUAGAAUCCCUUAAACAUAUUGGAAGACUUAUCAGGCCUCCACUUCUUUUCUCAAGACUUAACAAGCCCAGUAUUUUGUUUUUUAAACCCUUUCCUCUUCCGUCAGGUUUUCUUAACCUUGUAUCAUUUUUGUUGCUGUCCUCUGGACUCUCAAAUUUGUCUACAUCUUUUUUAGUGUGGCCUCCAAAACUGGACUCAGUACUCCAGCUGAGGCCUCCCCAGUACUGAGCAGUGCGGGACAAUUACCUCCUAUACUCCACCUCUGUUAAUACACCCUAGAAUAUUAGCCGUUUUUUGCAACUGCAACAUGGUGUUGGCUCAUUCAAUUUGCAAUCCACUAUAAUCCCCCAGAUCCUUUUUCUGCAAUAUUACUGCCUCGACAGUUAUUCCCAAUUUUGUAUUUGUACAUUUGAUUUUUUUUAAGUGUACCACUUUAUUGAAUUUCAUCUUGAUGAUUUCAGACCAGUUCUCCAGUUUAUCAAGGUUAUUUUGAAUUAUAAUACUGUCAGCCACAAAUUUUUAUAAGCAUAUCACCCACCCAUUAUCCAAUUGAUGAAAAUAUUAAAUAGUACUGAACCUAGGAUAGGCCUCUGCAGGAAUCCACUAGAUAUAUCCUCCCAAUUUGAUAAUAAACCAUUGACAAAUACUUUUUAAUAUUUUUUUCCAAACAAUUGUGCACCUGCCUUAUAGCAAUUUAAUCUAGGUCACUUUUCUUUAGUUUGCUUUAGUAUCUUGUGGAACUAGGUCAGAACCCUUACUAAAAAUCAAGAUAUCCCAUUCACUGCUUCCUCCCACCCACUAGGCCAACAACCCUGUCAAAGAAGGAAAUCAGAUUGGUUUAGCAUGAUUUGUUGACAAAUCCAUGUAGGCUAUUACUUAUCACUCUAUUAUCCUCUAGGUUCUCAUAAAUUGAUUAACAAUUGGUUCUAUUAUCUUUCCAAAUAUCGAAGCUAAGUGGAUUAGUCUAAUUCUCCAGCCCCUCUUUGUUCCCCCUUUUUAAAGAUAGGUACUAUUUGCCCUUCUCCAGCCCUCUGGGACUUCACCUGUCUUCCAGGAGUUCUCAAAGAUAAUUGCUACGGACUCCAUGAUGGCGUCAACUAGUUCCUUAGGUACACUAGGGUGAAUUUCAUCAAGCCCAGGCAACUUGAAUACAUCUAAAUAUUGUAUAACUUGUUUUUUCCCUAUUCUGAUUUGUUCUCCUUCCUUCUUGUUGUUAAUAUUACAUAAUUGUAACCAGAAGCUUAAACUUCUUUUGUGAAGACUGAAGCAAAAUAGAUAUUUAAUACCUCAGCCUUAUUGAUGUCAUUGGACCUACACUUUCCUUUGUCCUUCUUACUCCUAAUGCAUUUGUAGAACAUCUUAUUGCCUUAUUGUUCUUUGCUAGAUACAACUCAUUUUGGGCCUUGGCCUUUCUGAUUUUGUCCCCAUAAGCGCGCGCGCACACACACAUACAAGGCAUAGAUCUGGAGGCCAUCUUGAUGUAAAAAUAGCUAUGCCUAUUUGAAUGUGUAUGCAAUACAAGAAAGAACAUGGAAAUAAAUAGAGGUUCAUUGCUAAGUCAUUUAGUCCAUCCCCUGCUAAUGAAGGAUUAAUUCCUAAUGUAUAUCUGGUAGUGUAUUGUCCAGUCUAGUCUCAAGCAAUGGGAUUUUCACAGCCUAAUAGAGCUCACUGCCAGGAAAAAAAUUUAGGAGAUAUCAGGAAAGGAUACCUAUCUUAAUUUCUUCUCCUUAAUUUAUACCUCAUGUCCCAACUAAAUGAUUCUUUCUCUCUCUCUCUCUCUCCUUGAUAUUUAUAUCCUUCAAAUAUUUUUAGACUAAAAUCACACUAUACUUCAGCUAUCACUUAAUUAACCUAUACACAUUUAAUUCUUAAUAUUUGAAUCAAUCUUUCAGCCCCUAAUCUUUUUGGUCAACUCUCAGUACAUCUUGGAGGUCUGCAGGACUAGUUCCUGCAAGACCCAAAAACUGAGGGUUCUACUUCCCUUGUGUAUUUAGAUGGCCACUGAAUAGCUAGUGGAGCUGGAAACUGUUCUCAGCAGACUUCAUUUCUCCCCACAACAAACAGUGCUGCAUGACUGUCUUAGCUACAUUUCAGGGAAAAGGGGAAGAGCAGAGGCCCUUGCCCAGGAAGGAGACAGCUACCCUAUAGCCCAGCGGGGUUCUCCUUUUUGGAGAGAAGCAAAUAUAUGGGGUGGGUUUAAGAGCUCUCCUGUGCCUAUGUUCCACUGGUUUAGGUGUCAGAUAUGUUUGACACAUUAACUGCACUAUUUUGCAACACAGUAUGUAUGGUUAGACUAAAGUUACAUAUAUAUAUUUAAACUGGAUUAAUUUAAUAUUCAUAUUAAUACUCUGCAUAUUGAUAAUCUAUGAUAAGCUAUCUAGAACAAUGGGUGAUAGCCAACUAUUUUUGCAUUUAGAUCAGUUUAAAGUUACGAACAGCAGUUUAGAUAAUAGCCUAUUAAAUUUUGCUAAAAGAUGGCAUUGUCAAUCUGCCAUAAAAUGUUUAGUGAUGAUUCCAUUAUCUCUAAAGUAUUGAGAGUUCCUAUAUUGCACAGGCUUACUAGCUCAGGUUCCAUAAUGUAUUAUUUUAGACUGGUGUGGAAACUGUUGCUACGUACCCUGUGAAUAAAGUAAUGUUUUAUUCACUGAGAUUAAUGGAACACUGACUCCUCAGGUGCCAAAAUCAUUCUAUUGUAGGUUUGACAGACAAUGCAAGUCUUAUGUAGAAUUUCUCAAUAUAUUCCCUAUUAAAUGGUACAGGAUACAUAGGAUUACUUAACGUACUUUGCAUGCUAAUACAACUGAAAUAUUGGAAAUGUAGUAAAGUUUUUAAAAAAUUAACCCAAAACUCUUGGAGGCAGAUUUGCCAGUGUGGGAAGAAAAUACAGUAGAGCUAAGUAUGUGUGUGCAGUGGUAAUGUCAGGAAAUUCUAAAUUCCUAUACCACAACGUUAAAAUGUCAAACCACUAAAAGUUCACUUUUCAUUAAAGUGUGAACAUUUCCCUGCCAACUCUGGGCAAUAUGAAUGUGGUUUUGAAAUCCCCAGGAAAACGGUUCACUACUUCUAUACCUGUAGUAGUGAAACUGUAAAUCAAAGAUGUUUAAAGCCUUUAUAGUAGCUAAAGGUGGGCUUCUGUGUACAGUUGAGUUUCCCAGAUAAAUAUUUACAUUAGUCUUAGCUUUCAGUCUAAGGACAAGCUUUUUUUGUGAAUCAGUCUGCUAUUAUUUUACUGCUGACCUACUUAUUAAUUGUAACUACUAAUUGGGCUGGUUCUGUUUUUGAAUCUGUUUUUUGUUUUUAAAUAAAUAACUUUUUUGUUGGAUCUUAUCUUACAGUAUUCUAUUAAUGUUGACACAAAAGGGUUAUUUCAGGAUUAGUCCUCAUUAACCUAAACCCUGUGUACACACUUAGGAAGAAAGAGGUAGUCCUUGCACCAUAGAGGAUCCAUUUUAAAAAAAAAGGAAAGUGGAGGACAAAACAGGAUAUACCUGUUGGCAGGCAGAAUGAUGGCAAGCACAUGCCAUCUUCAUUCCACAC